AUGGCUACUUCGCAGCCGCUCUUCCAGUCGAAGAUCGAUGUGUGCAAAGUCAAGAAGGAGAAGAAGGCCGAUAAAGUGCCGAACAUCAUCAAAAAGCAGGUGCCCAAGAUAGCGAAGGCCAAGCCAAAACAACUUACCGCACGUGUAUUCGCCGACAGGAUGGAAUUGAGAUCUGCCGCCAAAAAGGUUCCCAUCAAUGUUGUGCAGUUUUCUAAAAUCAAGAAGGUCAGCAAAGGGGCCGAAAAGGACAAAGUAGCAGCCCUGACAUACGAGGGAGAUAAGAAGAAGCCGAACUGGGUGGUAUUCUUGCGUUUCAACACUGACAAAGGAUAUGACGAAUUUCUGAAGCAAGUGGACAAAGCAAAACACCCAGAGACGGCACAGGAGCAACCA